AUGGAGAUGCAAGAGGCACUGGAUGCGGCCAGAGACCGCGCAACCGAUGCCGAAAUGGAGUGUGAAGACCUGCGCAAGCAGCUGCAGCUAGGACAAACUGCGCGGGCAUCUGCAAAAGGCGAAGGGGAUGACGACUCGCAUCUUUUUGAGAAGUUGGCAGAGUUACAGGAACAACUGGACGUUGCCAGGGAUCGCGAGCUGCGCGAGCGUCUCAUGGAGAUGCAAGAGGCACUGGAUGCGGCCAGAGACCGCGCAACCGAUGCCGAAAUGGAGUGUGAAGACAUGCGCAAGCAGCUGCAUCGCGCCACUGAUGCUGAGAUGGAGUGUGAGUCAUUGCGACGGCAGCCGGAGGGAUCCGGACAAAGACAGCCAGCAGAUACGGAUGCAGAUGACGACGCAGAGGAGCUGCGCGAGCGUCUCAUGGAGAUGCAAGAGGCACUGGAUGCGGCCAGAGACCGCGCAACCGACGCCGAAAUGGAGUGUGAGGACCUACAUCGGAAACUCCGCAAUUCAGCUGUGCAGCAGCUCACAGAUAAAAUGGUUCUGCAAGAUGGCAAGACGCAGCGGGAGCUGGAGCUUGAGAAGCAGAUUGCAGAUUUGAUGGGCGAUUUGCGUAAGUCCUAG